AUGGCCAAUGUCUUGCUGCUAUUUGCGCCGUGUGCCACGCGACUGCUGUCAUUGGAUGAAUCCUUGGCUCUCGAGUCUGAUGCGGGCACGAUCGCGGGCACCGAAAAUGCCGCCUGGAUGAAAGCGGAAGCACGGAAGUGGGUGAAAGCAGAUGUCGACCUCCGUGCAAAGCUGCAGGAGUUUGGUGCCCGGUCUAGGCCGAUGCUGUUGGUGACGGCAGCAGAUGCAGAGCCGGCGCGCGUGCUGGCGCAGUUAGCAGCGGCGCAGCCCUUGGAGCAGUUCAUCGGAGCUAAGCAACAGGAAUUGCGGGUCGUCAACGCCGGGCGAUGGCAAGCACUAAGCGGGACGCUGCUGCACUCCGUUCAAGAUGCACACAAGCGCGGCAGGUGGCUGCUCCUGGAGCACAUCCACCUUGUGGCCUCCUGGCUGCCGCAGUUGGACGCUUUCCUGGCAACGAUCCUGGAGGAUGGCGGAGACUUCUUUGACCGGUCUCAGGGCUCGGCACUCCCCGGCUUCCGGCUCUUUCUGUCGACUUCCACAAACGUCUUUUCCCAAACGCUUCCGGCCGCCCUCAUCCUGAAAUGCGUCCGUGUCGCUUGGGAGCUACCACGAGGAUCCAAGGCGCUUCUUCAACGGGCAGGCGCAGGCAUGAUGUUCAAGGAAAGGUCCGAAAAGGAGAAAGCAAAGGGCAAGGAGCGGCAGGAGCGACUCUGGGACGUUUGUGCCGGAAUGGAACAGGGCCGAGUGCUGCUCGUGGCCUUGGCUCGCUUCCAGGCACUGCUCCAACAACAUCCCCCCUGCGAUCAGGAGCUCACUUUCCAUUUGGCUAUCUCCCUCUUUGAAGAUCUGUGCAUCGUCCAGAAGACAUCCGCAGAGUCAGAGGGAUCCUGUUCGGCGGAGCUCUGCGACCACCUCAUGCAGGCCUAUGCAAAUGGAGAGCUGCCGCGGCGAUGCCUCGAGGCCAUCUUCCAGGGCUUUGUCAAAGAGCCAAGCAAGACGCUCUCGGCGAUCUCCGCCCCCAACUUCUCAAGCGCAACCUUCGAGUCAGCACUGGAUCUCCUGGGUCAGCUCGAGGUUGAGGAGCCGAGCCUUGCAAAGGCAGAGAACGAUACAUCUCAGCUGCUCCGGUUUCUGGCAAGAUCCGCUGAUAGAUCACUGGCACAUACACCUGCUUUGUGGAAAUCCGAAGCAGGCGAAGCAGGCGAAGCCUUGAAGCUGGCUGUCCACCUCCUGGAGGAGUUGCCGCCAGCGAGCCACGCUCCAGCCAACAGCAGUGGCAGCGACACCUCCGAGGAAGAAGAGGAGCUGCCACGGGCCGUGUCCACGUCGCUGAGCAAUUUUCUGCAGCGCGAGCUCCUAGAAGCAGCUCGCCUGCUGAAAAGAGCUCGCAAGAGCCUCGAGGCGCUGAUCGCUCACUUGGAAGGCGUGGCCUUCUCAGACGACCUGGAGGCUCUGCAGCAGGACCUGUGCUCUGGCUGCGUACCAGAGUCCUGGAGACACGCGCUGAUGGUGGCACCUCGAAAAGCUUUGACAUCCUGGACGGAGGACGUUUCGCGUCGUGUGCGCGCAAUCCGUGCCUGGCACCAGAGUGGAAAGGCUCCUUGUUGCUUCUACUUGUCGGAUUUCCUGAAUCCACAAGGCUUCCUUAUUGCCAUACUUCAGGGCACGGCUCGAUUGCGCCGAUCUUCUGUCGAAAGGAUGCGCUUCGAGCAUCGGGUGGAGCAUUUGCUUUCCAAUGAGGAGGAGGUCCGACAGCAGUUGAAGGCCGACCACGCCUUGGUGGACACGGCCUUCGAAGGUGUCUACUUGGCGGGUCUUUUCCUCGAGGGUGCAUCCUGGAGCCGGCGCAAAGGCAUUCUUGAGGAAAGGGACCCGCAGCAGCGCUGGUCAGCACUGCCUGUCCUUCGCUUCCAUCCUGUGGACGGGCGGCAGGAGGCUUUGUCUGCAGCACCGCGCGAAGCGAGGGCGUCACUGUCGCCAGCAAAAGGUCCGACUCCGAGCGCGAAAGCCGCGCAAGUGUCAGGACGUGUACAGGAGGCUCUCCGUCGCAGGCGCCGAAGGCAUUGA